AUUUUUGAAGUUGACAGUUAUUCGAUGUCAAAUUAAAUCAACUGUCAUCAUUGUUUAAUAGCUUAAGGAUGCUCGAGAUAGUCCUUGAUGAGCCAAAAAACGUGUAUGCUCCUAGUCAGAACGUAUCAGGACGUGUAAAAGUGACUAUCUACGAUAAUCCGAAAAAAGUCAAAAGCCUGGACUUUUGUUGCAAGGGAGAAGCCCAUACAAGCUGGGACAGAUACGAAGGCAAGUGCAACGUGAAACGGGAAAAUCGUUGGAUCAUUCCGUACGAAGGGAGAGAAGAGUAUUUCCGAAUAGAAAAAAAUUUAAUCGGCGGAAAAGGAUCGUUGGUUGAACUACAACCUGGAGAACAUGUAUAUCCUUUCUCAUGCACCCUUCCUGCUGCUGCACCGUCUUCUUUCGAGGGUACCAAAGGUUUCGUCAGAUAUACGGUCAAAGCGACCCUGGUUAGACCCUGGAAACUGAACUAUCAUGCCAGAAAAAUAAUUAAGGUCGUUCGCCCUUUAGAUCUGAACGUUAUUUCUCGUCUUCGGGAACCGGCUUCCGUUGUGAUGAACAAAUCGUUCUGUUGCCUCUGGUGUAAAUCGGGCCCAUUAAACGUCACCCUCUCUCUGCCCUAUACAGGAUACACUCCAGGUCAAUCAAUAACAGCCACGUGUGAAAUUGAUAACGGUUCAGAUGUCGAUGUCGAAGAAAUUGUUUUUACUUUGAAACAGUUGGUUUUCUAUCAUUCCACGAAUCCUUGGAAAGAAUCAUGGGCUACAGAAAAUCGAAUCGCUGUAAAAUCGCACGUCCAAAGAAUCGCUGCACGAACCAGGGAAAGAUUUGACGAAACCCUGAUUGUACCGGACGUACCGCCUUCGCAUUUAACUUACUGUGCCAUAAUAGACCUAGAUUAUCUAUUUCACGUCAUGGUAAAAUUAAGUCCGUUUCAUACGGACAUGUCUUCCGCCAUCCCUUUAACAAUAGGAAGUGUCCCUUUGGAAGGCACGCUUUUGCCUUUCAUGAAUAAUUCUCUGUCGGAAUUUCAACCCAUCCAAAGCGAGUGCACCUCAGACAGUUCAAUUCUCGUUAGUGAUAACGAAAAACAAUCCACUAAAUUGUCUCCUACCUAUUACGAACUCAACGGGACACCUCAAAUUGUUUCCAACGAAGAAGAUGUUAAGGCCGUUCUAUUACCCAAAGUCAAUUAA